UUAAAAGUAUGUUUUCGUUGUACCUUAAUCUCUGCACUUCCAAGUCACGUGUCUUGCACGUGGAAGAAGUAUAUGAGUGGUAUUGUAGUUUACUGAUUACUUUAUUCUUAUCUUCUUCUUUAUUUAAAAAUAUGAGACUUGUGAAGACAAUCUGAUCUUCGUGAUGUUUGACUUUUUUUAAACAUUUAUUGGCGAGUAAACAUGUUUGGCUCCAUUUAACAGCCCAUUAGGACCCAUUUUAUUCUAGUUUUUAGUCUGCUUUGUAUUAUUACUAUACUUAUUGUUAUAUAUUUCUAAUAUAUAACAAUAUUUCUAAUAUAUAACCCCGAAAUAGAGCUGCAGAACGACACACCGCAGGAGGGGGAAACCGCUGAUAUUUCCCGUACAGACGUAAAAGAAUGUAUACCCCCGAAGAAGUAAAUCCAAUUUCCCAGUGCUGAUUGCGGACCCAGUUCAGUCCCUGCAGGAAUAUUCCGGCAGCGCGCGCGUUGGAGGGAUGUCCCGUGCACGUGAACGCAUGCAGGCAGCGCAUGAAUAUUAUCUCCAGCAUGCCACUUCGGAAGUAGGUCACCGCUCACCGAUUUGUUCACCAUGUCUCCAGCUACCGUGCGCCGUUCGGUCCGCGGAUCGCUCGCCCCGCUCCACGGCCCCACCGGGUAGGAACUGACCACCGGAGACACGACGGACAGGAUUUUUUUUUUUUUCCUCUCUUUUUUAUUUUUUUCUUUCAUUUUUCCAUUUUUUUUUUUUUUACCCGACGGGACACGCAAGAGUUCGCAUGGACCCUGGCGAUGACCCGUGACGAUGCUCGCUGAAGGUUCUCUGUGAGCUGAAACCCGAGAGGAGGAGGAGGUGGUGGUGGCUCUGCCCCCCCCCCGCCCGCCCGCCUCCCCCGGACGCUGUGAUAAUGGUGAAAGCUCAGCGGAGCCAGCCUGUGAAAUGUGGGAAGCUCCGGAAGGAGAAAGGAAGCAAGGAGAAAGGAGGCAGAGUGAAAAAAGGGAAAGAAAGAAAAAACGAGUUGAGAGGGAGGAAAAAGAAGGAUAAAAAAGAGUUCCAUCGACGCCGGAAGAAGGCAGCGGCAGGGGGAGAUGGAGACGCGCUGGACUGUUGCGUCCUGCUCACCCGCCUGGAGGAGAAACGCGUCCUGGGUAAAGAAAAGGACGCACAAAAAUCGGGGAAACAAAAGAGGGUCAAAGUCAAGAAGAAGCACUCCAGCGCCACUCAAAGAAGGACCAAAUCUGGAGUCAAGAAAACAUCCAAUCAGCACGCACUGGAACCAAAAACCAAACAAUCCGACGCCUUACUCGCGUCUCCCGUCUUUGAGCCUCGCCGGCGGAGAAUGGCGUCGCUUAACGCCGAGGCCGUCAACAGCCUGCUGCUCUACAGAGACGACUCGCAGGCGUCCAACCCCGCAAAGAAACGCCAGCCUUCUGCCGAAGAGAAGGCGAAAGACAUUCUCGCCAAGACGGAACACAGAGGUCACAAAACCAAAACGGUUCCUCCGGGAGGGAAAGCGGACCCAAAGGAAAGAGCUAAAAAAACGAGGCGCUCGGCGGCCGAGGCCCAGGACAUCGACUGGUUGGCGCUGUUCGCCCCGACGCCUCGCCGCCAAGCGGGCCUCACCGCCGCCACGCUGCUCAGGCUCACCAGCGCCCAGUACGGAGCCAAGCGGCAGAAGAAGUCGGAGUCCAAGCCGGCGGCGGCGGCGACUCAGGGUGAGGCUGGCGGCAAGCCGGCCUGCGGGGAAGCGGCGCCGGCCCAAAAACCCACGCAUCCCAAGCGCGCGGACCAACUGAAGCACGCGAAACAGGGUCCGGGUGAUCUGGUUGGUCCCCGGCUGGAAGCAUCCGUCCAGGGUUGCUGUAGUCUGUGCAAGAGCGAGGCCUUGGCGCCCGAGUGGGACGGCAGCGCGGGGGCGCAGGAGCGCCUCAGGCGGGAGCUCCGUCGCGGCUCUUCUUCGCUGGGAUUCUCCCUGAAGGCGAUAAAAAAGGAGCAGGUGGAGGCCGACGUGGCCCCCUGCUACUGCUGCUCCCAGGACAGGUGUGUGGAGUACUGCCACCGGCUGGCCCUCUUCCUGGAGGACAAGACCUUCAAGGAGCCGGAGGACGGCACGCUGUCCGAGGUGUUCCACCACCACCACCAUCACCACCACCACCACCACCUCCAGGCCCAGCACGCCGUGUCCCACCCGGCGGCCAUAACCAUCAGCCCGCACAGCUACGCCUGCUUCCCCGGCUACUACGUCCACUUCAGCCACCCGGACGCCUCGCCCGCUCCCAUCCCCCCUCCCCCCCCCGCUUUGUGCCCAAAGAGCGGCAAGAGAGCCAAGCUGCUCCCCGGCGCCGGGCCGCAGACCCCGGGGCUGGGCCACCCGGUGUACUGCUGCACCUCGGUGGAGGCGUGCUACGGGGAGCCCUGCAGGAUCAAGAGCUACUCCUCCUACACCAGCGUGGUUCCAGCCAUCGGCAGAGGAGGGUGCUCCUUCAGCGCGGCGGACUGCACCAAAUGCAGCCGCGGCGCCGAGAGAGACGACUACCCGUCAACCCUCAACAACCGCCGCAGUUCUCCCUCCGUCUCCGCCUCCCACGCAGCCGGCCAAUCAGUGGCCCGCAUCCAGACCCCGCCGCCCGACCCCGGCCGGCCGCAGAGCCCGCUGCAGGUGGCGAAGGAGUGUCCGCAGAGUGCCAAGUCGCCGAGCGGGUCGAGGUCUGGCGCACGCGGGCCCGUUGGCGUCGGCGCCGGAGGCUUGGCGGCGCGGCCUCUCGACGGGAACAAGAAGCAGAAGCUCGCCGCUCCCGGCGCCGGGGGGCGAGCGGUUGCCAAGCAGCCGAAGAACGGACGCCAGAAAUCCACCAACGGCUGGCAGCCGGUUGGCCUGCCCUUCCAGAAGGAGGUCUUCUCCGUGGGAGAGGCGGCUCUGGUGCUGAGGAAGUGCUUCGAGGGGGUCCAGAGGGACGGGGAGCUGAUCCGGGUCAGAGACACUGUUCUGCUCAAAUCUGGACCCAGGAAGAAGUCUCUGCCUUACGUGGCCAAGAUCUCAGCUCUGUGGGAGGAGCCGGAGUCAGGAGAGCUGAUGAUGAGUUUGUUUUGGUACUACCGUCCAGAGCACACGCAAGGGGGACGCAUUCCCAGCAUACAUUGUGAGAACGAGAUCUUCGCGUCUCGUCACCAGGAUGUGAACAGUGUGGCCUGUAUUGAAGACAAAUGCUACGUUCUAACACUGGCCCAGUAUUGUCGAUUUUGUGCCUUGGUUAAACGCCAUAGGGAGGGCGUACGCCACCGCGCCGCCUCCUUCGUGGUGCCACCCAUCGUCGGCGACGCCAUGCCCACCCACCACUGUGUGCCCGACGACGUCGACCCGGAGCUGGUGUUUUUCUGUCGACACGUCUACGACUUUCGCUACGGACGCCUCCUCAAGAAUCUGCAGUAGCAUCUGCUACAUCAUGCCAUUGGAAGUGGGACAAUGUCACUCAUUCUCCUCAGCUUUGAUUGGCUGCACACCUUCCUGCAGCUGGCGUGACGGUUAACUGGAAGUUUAGGAGGAUUAAGGAUUGACGGAGGAGUAUUUUUUUUUUUUUUUUAAAUAUCCUGCUUGUGUCAUGCCCCACCUUUUUAUUUAGUAAGAGUGACAAAUAUUAUACAAGUUGAUAUGGCAGUGAAACCGUGGCUCCGUGGUGUCGUAGCAGCUGUUUGGAGAACCUGGAACUUACUCUGCUGUAGAACAUGCUACUGUAGCUCGUAGAAAUGUGACAUUUCAUAGGUAUGGAGAGAGGUGUGGUUUUAUGUUACUGUUUGCCUGACGGAUAUCAGACACCCGCUCGCUGAACAAAGUUUGAGGCAUAUCGUCCCGCAUUGGUCCUUACGAGGAGACGCAGAGGACUACGUUGGAUAUUACAUAUAUUUUGCGGAUGAAAGAGAAGCUCCGGUGAACGUUUGGGUUCAAGGCGUUUUAGGGAACAAUGUUAGGGAUAUUUUUUGAUUUCUCGACAAAAGUAAGACUAGAUAAUCUUGUCUCCAGCUAUAUAUUUACCAGCCCAACAUGAGAGUUGUAUCGAGAAUCUCAUCAAAGUCGCAAUGCAAAUGCCCCAAUUUCCCGAUUCAAACGGUUCUAUGAUUUAACAUUUCCAUUUGGUAUCAUGUAACUGUGAUCGACCUGUAGAUGUAGUAAACUCUGACCACACCUGUGAUGAGGGUUCUUGAUUAGAAGGUUUAAUUAAAUCAAAUUCAACCUUGCUGACAAUGAUCCAGGAACAGCAAAAAGCAAAACAUGGACCUUUUUUUGGCUCCACCUCUUUGGGUUUUUUUUCCGAGAGAAUUAUGGGUUUUAAUGCAACUCUUCAAUUCACCUGGAUGGUGAUUUCUCAAUGUGGUAAAGACCUACACUUUAGAAAGAAAGCACACUUUGGUUCGAUUUGAACCCUGCAGUGUGAAGAUGUCCCAAUGAGCCCAGCGUUGACGGGGUUGUAACACCAACGCGGAGGAAUAUUCUUCCUUCUCAAAGCGGAUUGUCAGGGGUGUAAUACGACUCGGGUGUCGGCUAACUGUAUAUUUGCAUUUAUAUAUCUGGAUGAGUGUGUGUUCUGUUCGUGGCAGAUGGCAGUUAGUCACCUAUAUUCUCGUUUCUUCACCGAUGAAAUGGUGAGCGAUGUAUUCAGUGUAGCAUUUAGAUCUGUGAUGAUGAUGAUGAUGACGAUGAUCCAUUCCUAUGUUUGAGAGAAGAUAUGUAUUUAUUUCUGUAUUGAGAAAAUAUAAUUUAUUUUCAAAAGAUAAUUUUAAAGAAUAGUUUUAGAUGAGUGGCUUUUAUUCCUGAUUAUAAAGGAGGUCUCUCCUUAGCUGCACUGUCUAAGAUGAAAAGUGUGAGUCAUUCGCAAUAGUAUUUCUGUGACUGAUUGAGCUUUGCUUGCCCAAUACAAGGAUAUUAAGUGUUGUGUUGAAAAUGUAAUGAAGUCAGAGACAGACAUUUAGAAGGAUCUCAGAUACGGUUUGAAGGACACCUGCUAACAUGUGACCAGAGAUGCUUAACCUGCAGGAGCACAACAUACCUUGGCCUCUCCCUGCUCCCCGUCCCUUGUCCUACGAUGAUAAAGCUUUGCCUUUUUCACCUUUAAAUGCCGAAUGCUACCAUGAGUUAAACCUACCUUGCCAUUAGCCUGUGCCCUUGAUCUUGCUGCCUUAUAGAACAUUCCCAGCCUUUCAUUUAGAGAUGUGUGCUGAUAUCUUAGUGUGCUGAUCUUGAUUCCGAGACGCUCGAGAAGCAUCUCAGGUCCAUCACGCCGUCGUGUGAUCUAAAAGGAUAAAACUGAUCAAUGAUCAACUCUUUCGUUUUGUUAAAAGUCGGCUCACGUUUUGAUUGGAAUUCAAAGUGAUCUGGUAAAGAGCUGCGGCUGUUAAAGGAAUAGUUCAACAUUUAGGGAAAUGCAUGUACUUUCUUGUUGGAGAGUUAAAUGACGUGAUGGAUACCAGUGGGAGCUGAAGCCUAGCUUAGCAUACCUAGAGCGUGUACCUUAGACUGCAGGUACAACAGCCAGGCUUUUUCUG